CGUGCUGACAUAUAUAGCAGUACUACUAGGUAGUUGAGUACCAACAUUCUGCGUCCCGUAGACGCCUUAGUAAUACUGCAGGCAAUUGGAACUUGUGGUCUCAUGUGUGCCUAAGUUGAACUGCCUUUACGUGAAUGCAGUGCGUCAGACCCGAGCGGCGAGAUUACCCUUCCAAAGACGCCAGUCAGGUAUUGUCAACGCUUUGCAUUGGUAUCUACCAUGUUUAUAACAACCGCUGUAACUGUUGGGCUUCAGACAUUGACUCUGCUUGCCGAAGGAGCUCGUACUUUCUCUGAUGACCAACACGAUCAAGUUCCCUUGGUGCAACUUGGCGCUGGUCAUGAUAAUGGGGCGAAAAGGCCCAACAUCAUCUUCAUUCUAACCGACGACCAAGAUGUUCAGAUGCAGUCACUAGACUAUAUGCCUCGGUUGAAGCAGCACCUGCUUGAUAGGGGAACAUUUUAUAAACGACACUAUUGCACGACAGCUAUCUGCUGUCCUGCUCGUGUGACCCUCUGGACUGGUCGUGCAGCUCACAACACGAAUGUUACCGACGUGAGCCCCCCGCAUGGUGGAUUUCCUAAAUUCUUGAGUCAAGGUUUCAAUGACAGGUAUCUCCCGGUGUGGUUACAGAACCAGGGCUACAACACCUAUUACGCAGGGAAACUGUUCAAUGCACACACCAUAGACAACUAUAACUCACCGCACGCAGCUGGAUGGAAUGGCUCUGACUUUCUCCUAGAUCCUUUUACUUACUCCUACAUGAACAGCACAUAUCAGCGCAACAAGGAACCCCCUGUCAGCUACGAAGGUUCAUAUACGACCGAUGUGCUUGCGGAGAAAGCGCUUGGCUUUCUUGACGAAGCUGUGAGCUUCAACGCCCCAUUCUUUCUUGGGAUUGCUCCCAUAGCGCCCCACUGUAAUGUCUGGGAAAAUGCCCCAAGUGAUGACGCGACGGAGAGCUCCAGAAAGGGCAGAGUCAGAGUAACAGGAGAGCUCAAAGAUUUGGUGUUUACGCCGCCUGUCCCGGCCGAGCGUCACAAGGACCUUUUCAAGGACGUCAAAGUACCCAGGACCAAGAACUUCAAUCCAGAUAGUCCUUCGGGGGCCAACUGGAUGCUACAGUUGCCGCAGUUUAACCAGGAUAGCAUGGACCUCUACGACCACUUCUACCGGUCCCGCCUUCGUGCCUUGCAAUCAGUGGAUGAGUUGGUCGAGAGUGUGGUCGAGCGGCUCCAGGAGCUGGACAUCCUGGAGAAUACGUACAUCAUCUACACAUCUGACAACGGAUAUCAUAUCGGUCAACAUCGGCUUCCACCGGGGAAGACGUGUGGUAUCGAAGAGGAUAUCAACGUCCCGCUCAUUAUCCGGGGACCUCAUGUCCCGGAAAAUCAUGUUACAGAAAUUGUCACAACGCAUACAGACAUAGCGCCAACUUUAAUCGGACUCAUCGGCGUUCGGAGUCCCGUAGAUGCCCAGUUCGACGGGAUAGCCAUACCCCUGACGCGCAAUGCUUUAGAAGAAGCCGCGAUGAAUCGCCAUGAACACGUUAACGUCGAGUUCUGGGGGAUCGGGGUUAAUGAAGGGAAGAUUCACCCAACCGCCGAGAGCCUCUUUGCGAACAACACGUACAAGGCGCUCCGCAUCGUGAGCGAUUCGUGGAAUCUCUACUACUCCGUAUGGUGUACAAACGAACAUGAGCUGUACGAUCUUAAUGCCGACCCAGGGCAGCUAAACAAUCUCUUGACAUUGCCGUCGAGAGCUACAUCAUCGCACGAGUUGAACGGUCACCCUAUUGACGAAGUCGUUGCUCGGCUUGACUCAUUGCUACUCGUUUUAAAGUCAUGCAAAGGAGAAAGCUGCGUCCGCCCGUGGGAAUCUCUUCACCCAGAGGGCAAUGUGCACAAUCUGGAUGACGCGCUGUCUACCACGUUUGAUGAAUUCUACCUCCGGAGACAGGUCAAGGUGUCAUUUGAUCGGUGCGAGCUUGGCCAUAUACUGGACGCUGAAGGACCGCAGUUCGACGAAGUUGGAAUGGUCUAUCGAAACAGUUUUUCGUGGUCUGCGUGGGUUUGAAUACCUAUGAGGUAUGAACAAUGUUUGCGCAUAGAGUAGCAAAGCUUCAAAGAAGACGUAUUAAAUGUGACCGCAGCACGCUAAAAAUGGGAAUUAGAGUGGGCGUUCUUCAGUCAUAGCGUCAAGACAUAUGUUAGCUCCCAAGGCCUG